UGAAAACGGAAAGUUAACCCGGGCGUUGGAUGCGAAAAAUCUAAAUCAAGAUGACCCAGCGCACUAAGUUUAUAAUUAAUACCUCCGUGGAAUACUUUUCCGCCCGCUUGCCGGGUUCGGAACUGGACGAACAAACGGCCAUGAUUCUGGAGUUUCUGGAACAGGAGGAGCACACGGUCAUCUCGGCGGUGCACAGUAAAUCCGAUGGCAAAAUCCGAUUCCACCAUCGUAUACCGAAUGAGGAGCUCUGCCUGCUUUUCUACAAGGUGCCGCAGGUGGGGCAACAACACCGGGAGGAUAGAAGUAGUGAGCCCCUGCUGGGCAUUUUAACCCUGGAAGGUGGCCUGGUCAAGUCGAUUUACAAUUCCGUUUCUCGGGUCUUCUCGCCCUCUGCCAACUCGGCCCGGCGCAACGAAUAUGGACCCGAGUUGAGUGGAAUUCUGGAAAACUUGCACCAGAACUUGGGAUCCAGCUUGGGAUUGCCUCAGAGCGGCAUAACAAGUCUGCGAGAUGAGAUCAAAUAUUGGAAACAGAAACUGGGCCAAAAGUCCAGCUCCCGUUUAGACCGAGAAGCAGCGCAGGUGUUUAUUGGUGUUUUGGAAAAUAUCGAAAAACAAAUCAGUACCAUCGACGGAGCCAAUCCGAGUGGAACUAUUGAGGAGUUCCUCGACCAUGCCCACAACAAUCUGGACGAAUUGUGGAGGCUACCCUACAAUUAUCCUCAGCAACGGAUGACGGACCUCCUGGACAUCAUUGGAAAGCGGCUGCUGGAGGUCUGCUUGACCCAACUGCUGGCUGAGGACAUCUGGAGUCUGAACUCCAGCCACGUCAACAAUCUGAUGGGUCAGAGCAUCGACACGGUGGACGCGUGGAUCCAGCUCUGCGACUCCCUCACUCGUCUCUUCUGGCCCAACUACGUGAAGCACCCAUGGCUGGGGGAUCCCCAUGCGGCGAAAAGAGGACAGCAAUUCAAGGAGCGGCUCAGUGAGAUCCGAAGCAUCAAGCAGCUGUACAAACAGAUUGCCACCUUGCUCGAUGACGCCGAACUGCAGGAGAUGUUCCAGGAGCAGGCUCCUUUCACGGAUUUCAACAUCUUUGACACAUCCUCGCUGGGCCAGUCAAAGUGGCACAAGGCUCUGCAGCACUUUGAGCAGGUCCUUCAGCCAAUCGACGAGCGAAUCGCUGCCGCUUUGAAGUGUCAGUUGCACAACCACCUGAGCAAUCCGCGUCAGGUGAUCUUCAUCUUCUCGAAAUACGAGACCCUCAUCCAACGACCCGCUGUUCUGGAACUGCUGACCAUCGAAAGGGAGCAGUUCCUGCAGUCGCUGCACAUCCUGCUGCAGGACUUGCGCAAGGCGAUGGUGGACUCCAACAUGGAACCGGACACGGGCCACUUGUCGGUCAUUUGCAACGAGUGCCGCUGGCUGAAGGUGGUCCAGCAUCAGAUCCAGGAGAUCGAGAAGGUCAGCCAUUUGAUCAGCGGACGCGAGGGCUUCGAUAAGAUCAACAAGGCAGUGCAGGAGAUCAAGGAGGAGACCGAAUCCCUGCUGCGGACAAACUUUGAGAUCUGGUCGGGUCAGUGCUCCACGGCUGUGAAAAGUGGCGAGCUGAGACUUCGCGACGAUCAGGCGGUGGUGAAGUUCGAGAAGGAGGGUCGCCAACUGAUGCGCGUGACCUUCAACCCCAAGCUGGUGACCUUCUGCCAGGAUGUGCGCGAGUUUGAGAAUCUCGGCUAUAGCGUGCCCCUGGAACUCCGAGCCGCCGCCACCCACGCAGCCAAGUACAUGUGCUAUGCCCGGCGACUGCAGCAGAUCGCCACCUUUCACAACACAAUCGGGGAUCGGAUGAUUCCCUGCCAGCGGCCCAUUAUGCUGAAGAACGCCUUGGAGCUUCAGCGCCUGGUGCAGAGCGAAACGGUUGCCUGGCAGGACGAGUCCUCCGUCCAGCGAUACGUUGACAUCCUGCAGGCGGCCGUUUCGAAACUCUCCAAGGACAACACACUCCUGGUGGGAUAUCACGAGCAGGCCAAGAGAACGGUCAUGAAACUCAUGUCCACCGAUCUGUUUACCCAAAAUCAAAUCUGGAAGGACGAGCUGCGCCAUCUGCGCGAACUGGUGGCCACCUUGGAGCGCCAGGGCUACACCCACCUGGAUGCCUUCAAGCUGCACUGGGACCACCAGUUGUACAAGGUGCUGGAAUACCAGUACAUCUUUGGGCUGCUCGACAUGAACAACAAGCUGCCGGACAUACAUGUCAAGCUGACUUUGCGACAGAGGGAGCUGAUCUACAGUCCGCCGGAGGAGGAGAUUCGCGACUUGUACUUCAGUCAGCUGAGACGCUUCAUCGAGAGACCCUGCAACUUUCAUGGACUCUCGGAGCACAGCCAGGAGCUCUUCAAGUCCAUGGUCACCGUGAAUCGGCAUCACUUUGGACCGCUGUACCAGAGGGCAGCUGAGCUGUUUGACAAGCUGGAGGAUUUCAAGACCAUCUGGUUGCCCUGGAUCGCCUUGGGAUGCGUGGACGUGGAGCAGCUGUGUGGCAUUCAUCUGAACGAGGCCGCCGACUGGGAUCGCAACUUCCGGGCCUGCAAGCACUUCAGUCAACAGCUGGCGAAGCUCCAGCAGUCCGAGGAGUCCAUCGACUGCAUAGUGAUUAAUGUGCUGCUCCUGAGAUCGGAUAUAGAAUACAUCAGCAGACGCUACUGGGAGGCGCUGGCGAAUAGUUUGAGGACGGCCAUCCUGACGGAUGUGAGUUUGAUCCAGGAGUUCCUGCAGAGCGCCCUGCAGUUCCUACAAAACGUGCCCAUGGACGAGGGCAGCAUCAGUCAGUCGGGAAUGAAGUACGAGAAGAUAAUGAGCGAGUUGCCGCAAAUCGAGAAAACCCUGGAGGCGGUGAGGCAAAAGGAUGCCUGCCUGGCGGGUUGGUGCAAGGAGCGAGUCACCGCUCUCUCCGGAAUCCUGCAGCAAUGGGAACAGUUGCAGCCGCUUCUCGAGAACCAUGCGGUGAUUCUCCAGCGACAAGUGGACAUGAUCAAAAAUCAGGCGGAGACGCAAUUGCAAAAUCUGAAGAACGAGGCAGAGAAAUUUCUGCUCCGCUGGGAAUCCACCAUUGCCGAGCUGGAGGCCAACGAGCACUCCACUCUGGAGGUUUUCAAGGAGCGGCGACUUCACUGGCAGCAGUUGCAGGAGAAGAAGAAGCACCUCCUGGAGGAGUGCUCCAAGUUCAACAUGGAAUUCCCUGCGGAGACGCUCACUCCCUUCACGGAAAUCGAGGAGCAAAUGGAGCAGCAAUCGAGGCAAUGGCAGGUCUACGAUAGUUUCCUCACCGAACUGCAGCCGAUUCUCCAGGAGGAGUGGGCCAUUUACAGGCGGCGUCCCUAUGUCCUCAACGAAUUUAUUGGCAAGUGGGAGGGCUCUGUUCAUGCCUCGAUUGAUUUGCCCUCCAAGCGAAUCCGCCAGCAGGUGGAGAGACUUCAGUCGGCUCUGCCAAUUCUGCAGCAACUCCAAUCGGAUUCGUUGAGUGAACGGCAUUGGGCUCGAAUAUUUCAGCUCCUCAAUCACAAGGAUACCAAGCCCCUGCACUCCAUACUCCUGCAGGAUAUCCUGCAGGACUUUGAGGUCCUGCAGUCGGCUGCCCCAGAGAUCGGAAGUAUAGUCAGGCAGGCUUCGAGUGAACAGAUCGUGAGACAGGCUCUGGUGGAACUCGACCAGUGGUCGGUCACGGCCCAGCUGAAGUUGAUCACCAGAACGGAUGCGUCGGGCCAGAGUGUCUCCCUGAUCAAGGACUACCAGGAGGUGCUCAACAAGAUCGGGGACAACCAGUCCCUGCUGCAAUCGGCCAAGAACUCGGCUGCUUUCGACAGCUUUUCGGAUCAGGCAGAGCUUUGGGAAAGCCGCUUGAAUACGUUGGAUGCACUUCUCAGCAGCCUAAAUCAUUCACAGAGACGUUGGGUUUACUUGGAGCCCGUGUUUGGAUCUGGAACCCUACAACAGGAGCAGGCGCUGUUCAAGCGCAUCGACAAGGACUUUCGCUUCGUGAUGCGGGAAAUCGAGAUGGAUCCGCGGGUAACUUCGCUGACGAAGAUUAACAACAUCAGCACCAUCGUGAAUGCCCUGGAGACCCAGUUGGCCAGGUGCCAGCAGAACCUGAUGAGCUACAUAACCGACAAGCGCAACUCCUUUCCCCGCUUCUACUUCCUGGGAGAUGACGAUCUACUUGAGCUCCUCGGACAGGCCAGCAAGGAUGCGGAUGUCAUCCAGCGGCACAUCCGCAAGCUAUUCCCCGGCUGCCACAGUCUCGGCAUCCGGCAGGUGGCCCCCAAUCCUCCAGCCACAUCCUCCGAUAUCAAUCAGUACAGCAUUAUAUCCGUGCACAGUGCCGAAGGGGAUGAGCUCAAGCUAAUCCAGUCCAUCGAGAUGAAGGGCGACAUCGAGCACUGGCUGAAUCAACUGGUGACAGUAGUGCAGGAUACACUGCGCGAUCAGAUCCACGAGUGCUACACCAGCACCACCGGAGGAAGCGAUAACCUGGAUGAGAAGGUCCUCAAGAAGUACGCCAGCCAGGUGUUGGCCACAGCCAGAGCCCUCCACUUCACCCGCCAGGCGGAGCAGGCCAUCGGUGGAAUGUCCCUGGGAAAACUGCAGCAGCAGUUGAAGGAUGAAAUCAACCACUUGGCCGCCCUGAAACACAAAUCCCAAAACGGAACACUGAUCAGCCUCAAACUAAGGGCCCUUCUGCUGGAUUUGGUGCACUACUCCGGUGUGGUGGAGCAGCUCCAGAAACACAAUGUCGUGCACACUAGCGAUUGGCACUGGCUGUGUCAACUCAGAUAUUACCUGGGGAAAGCGGGCGGAACAUCGGGCGGAGGUGGAGUUAAUGCCAAUCGACAAGUUUGCGUCCGCAUGGUUUAUGCCGAAUUUGAAUACGCCUACGAGUUUCUGGGCCAGGCCAGCAAGCUGGUCCACACGCGGCUCACCCACCGCUGUUAUCUCAUCCUGACGCAGGCGAUGCACAUGGGACUGGGCGGUAAUCCCUUUGGCCCGGCUGGCACCGGCAAGACGGAGUGCGUCAAGGCCCUGGGGGCCAUGUUGGGUCGCUUGGUGUUGGUUUUCAAUUGCGACGAGAAUGUGGACACCGAAUCGAUGAGCCUCAUCCUCACUGGCCUGGCCCGCUGCGGGGCGUGGGGCUGCUUUGACGAGUUCAACCGGCUGCAGGAGGCCACUCUGUCGUCCAUCUCCAUGCUGAUCCAGCCCAUCCAGAGCGCCCUGAAGGAGCGGGCCAACAGCGUCCAGAUUAGCGAGAGACAGGUCCAACUCAACCAACACUGCGGCAUCUUUGUUACCCUGAAUCCGGCCGGAGCUGAGUACGGUGGUCGCCAAAAGCUGCCCGGCAACAUCCAGGCUCUAUUCCGCCCCAUUGUGAUGCAGCAGCCGGAGCCGGGGGAAAUCGCCCGGGUUAUGCUCUUCGUUGAGGGCUUUUCCGAGGCCGCCUCCAUCGCCUGCCGCAUCGUGGAGCUGUUCGAUUUGUGCGGCAAGAUGCUCUCUGCCCAGCGGCACUACGACUGGGGACUCCGGGAACUGAAGACAGUGCUGCUGGUGUGCGGCGAGGGUUUGAGGGGGCAAUUAACCGGCACCGGCGAGAAAAACACACAGUCCACCGCCAACGAGGAGAUGUCGGUGGUGGUUCGCUGUUUGCGUUCAUCCACCAUGUCCAAGCUGGCCCCUCAUGAUGUCGGUCGAUUUGAGAUGCUGCUUCGGAAUGUUUUCCCGGAGAUUGACAGCUCGCCGGCGCCAGAAACUCAGCUCCAUCAAUCUCUAUCCGCCGCUUUUGCGCAACUGGGACUCUGUCGGAGCGAGAGGCAAAUUGAAAAGGCUUUGCAGCUGCACGAGCAGCUUCAAAAGCGGAUGGGAGUGGUGCUGGUGGGACCACCGGGAUGUGGAAAGUCCACCAUCAUGGCGCUCCUUAAACAGGCUCUGAGUGGCUCCCAACUGAAAGUGCACACCAUCAGUCCCAAGUCUAUGAGUCGGGUCCAAUUGCUGGGACGCCUGGAUGCCGAUACUCGUCAGUGGCAGGAUGGAGUACUCACCCACACUGCGGUGGCAGUCAAUCAGGAGCCAUCCCAGGUCCAUUCGUGGAUCAUUUGCGACGGCAGCAUCGAUCCGGAGUGGAUAGAGGCACUCAACUCGGUUCUAGACGAUAACAAGCUCUUGACUUUGCCUUCGGGCUGGAGAAUUGAAUUCGGGAACAAUGUCAACUUUAUCUUCGAAACAGACGAUGUGAGGCAUGCUUCGCCGGCCACAAUUUCCAGAAUGGGUAUUGUCAACAUGAGCUAUGACUACUAUCCCGCUGAGGAGAUACUUAAGCAUGAGCUGUCGAAGGAGCCCUAUGGCGAUCUUUUGCAGAAUUACGUGGACGAUAACUUUCAAUAUGCUGUGGAUUGGGUGGAAAGCCAACAUUUAUUGAGUAAUUUACCCGGUAUAAACCGUGCACACCUCGUUCGAUCCCUGCUGUUACAACUACAUGGCUCACAAUUUCUAGAGGAAUAUGGAGCAGCAACCCUUAGAGCUCUUUUUGGUUAUAUACCCAACGAUAGGCAACGGGAGUUCGCCCAACUGAUCCUAAAACGUGCUAAUCUUUAUAUAGCCAAUCCUAACUACGCCGAACUGACUUAUUAUGAUAGCCGCAGAAAUUCCUUAGAGCAAUAUCCAGUGGAUGCAAUGGAAUUACCUGAGAAGGGCUCUUCAUUAAUAAUUACAUCUUACAUGAAAUCGUAUAUGGACACACUAGAAGUAUUGCUAAAUGCUCAGGGUAAUCGAAUCCCGCCAUUUAUGCUAAUAGGUCCAAGUGGAUCGGGAAAAACCCUGUUACUCCAAAGAGCAGUGCUGGAAAAUUCGGGCUAUCAGUUGGCUACCAUAAACUGCUCGACCCAACUAACGCCCAGUUAUAUUCUGCACACUUUAAGGACGCACUGCGUCACUGUGAGUGGAAUCAAGGGCAGAGAGUACCGACCGAAACAGGCGAGAUUAGUGCUGUUCAUGAAGAACUUGGACCUCUGCCAGCAGGAUUCUUGGGGAGCUUGCGAAGUGGUGGAACUCCUACUCCAACUGGCUCAACGGGCAGGCUUUUACGCCGAGAAUCUCGAAUGGAUUGGGGUAAGCGGGCUGCAGAUAUGCGCCUCCAUUAGCGGAAAUCCCGGCAAUAUCGCACCGCGCUACUUUGCCAUCAAUCAGUUUGUGCGAGUUUCGCGACCCACGAAACAGGAUAUGCUAGAAAUCAUCCAGCGGCGAUUGGAACCUCUUUUGGAAGAGCACUUCAGGGGUUCGGCGAAUCGGGGAGGGUCAGGGGUCAAUUUGCAGCACGUCAGCGAGAGCCUGAUGGAGUGCUUCGAGAAGCUGCAGGCGACUUUUACCACCGCGGGAGGCAGGCAGGCGCACUACCAGUUCAGUCCCAAAUGCAUCAUGAAGCUCUUGGACUCCCUCGUCUUUUAUCCCGCCAGUGAUUUUAAUGAGGCUCUCUACUGCGAACUUUUGGGCAUGUUCCGCGAUAGAUUGAUUAGCGAAGAGCAUGUCCAGCAAUUCGAGGCAAUACUCAAGCAAACGAUGCGCAAAUAUUACGGCAAGGAGAAAGUAUUUUUCGUGCCUAAAUCUCCAAAGUCUCGUGGCGAACUGCAUUGUCUAACCCAUGACGAAUGGCUGGAGGAAGUUCAACGUCAGGUGACCAUUUGCAAUAACGAAAACUACAGCAUCACGGCACCCAUUACAGAGGAACUUUUAAACCACACUGCUAGGAUAACUAGAGUUUUAUCACGAACCGAUGCCCACAUGCUUAUUUUGGGCGAAUCGGGGGGACGCCACCUGGAUGCCAUAUAUGCGGCAGCCACUUUGCAGGAGGCCAAGGUGCUAACUCUGCAGGGCGGAUCCUCCUACGAUCUCUCAGAGUUCUACAACGACCUUAAAGUGGCCAUGCAGACAGCUGCCCUGGAGCAGCAGAUGAGUUACCUACUGAUCGAGCAUUGUUGGCUGAGUUAUGUGCCGGACAUUUUGAAGCCCAUUGAGGCCCUGCUCGAAGGAAGCGAGAUCCUUGAGCUGUUCGGCGAUGAUCUCGAAACGGUGGCCAGCACUUUGAAGCAGGCGGCCCAGCUCGAAGGAUACCAGGAAUCUAUGGGAACAUACUUUAUGAAUCGUGCUCGAGAGAAUCUCCACAUCAUCAUAGUCCUGGAUCCCGGUAGUGCGAAAGUACAGGACUACUUAAACACUUUUCCUGCCCUGCAUCGCCAGAUGGAUUUGCUGUAUGUGAGGGGAGAGUCCAGGGAAUCACUUGCCAUGCUGCCCAAGCAAUAUAUCGAAUUGCUAAAUGAAUCAGUGGGAAGUGGGCGUGCCAAAGUGCCCGCUUGCAGUCACUUUGCAGAUAUAUCGGAUGAGCUGCCCCCAGAUGAGCCCGCCCAGAGAUAUUACCAGCUCAUCCGCAGCUAUUUCCACAUGUACAGCAAUGCAGCCAAUGAAAUCGAUCAGCGGUUGAGCAAAUUGCAAAUGGGAGUGGACAAAUUGGCCUCUGCUCAUGGACUAGUGGAUACCCUAAAGUCGAAUGCAGCCGAUCAGGAAAGGGCGUUGGGUGAAAAGCGACAGCUGGCCAACGAAGCUCUGGAAAUGAUUUCGUCCACGAUGAGAAACGCCAAUGAGCAAAAGUCCAGCAUGCUGGAACUGAAGCAGCAAACGCAAAAGAGCAGCGAACAGCUGAAGGUUCGACAAAGGGAAAUCCAACAGGAAUUGGCAGAGGUUGAACCAAUAUUGGCAGAAGCUAGCAAUGCAGUGGGUCAAAUCAAAUCGGAAGCCUUAUCCGAAAUCAGGUCGUUGCGAGCUCCUCCAGAGGCAGUGAGGGAUAUUCUAGAGGGCGUACUUCGAUUGAUGGGCAUACGAGACACUUCGUGGAACAGCAUGAAAACAUUUUUGGCCAAGCGCGGUGUCAAGGAGGACAUAAGAUCCUUGGAUCCGGCCCGAAUUAGCCCGGAAAACUGCGAAGCCGUCGAAAGAUUACUUCUGGCCAAAGGUGAUUCCUAUGAGUCGAAGAACGCCAAGCGAGCUUCGGCCGCCGCUGCUCCCUUGGCUGCUUGGGUGCAGGCUAGUGUUCGGUACUCCCGGGUGAUCCAGAGCAUCAAGCCCCUCGAAAGGGAACAGAACGAAUUGCAGAAGAACCUCAAUGCAGCCGAGGACGAAAUGCAAGAGCUGGCCAGUGGAUUGGAUGAUGUGGAUAAGAGGGUCAAGCAGCUGUCGGCCAAAUUGCAGACCUACACACAGGAGGCAGCCGUGCUGGAGCUAAAACUCCAGGAGGCCAGUGGAACCUUGCAGGCGGCAGAGCUCCUGGUGGGCAAACUAAGCGCUGAAUAUGUCACCUGGAGUGAUCAGUUGGCUGAGCUUAAAAGGGCCCACAAGACGCUCGAUGGAAAGACUCUAUUGAUCGCUGUGGCUGUGAAUUACUACGCGGGAUUGGGCCUAGAACAAAGGAGCUCCUCUCUCAAACGUCUGGCGGCGGACUUUCAUCUGCCCUCCAACUUCGAUCUUCGCGGAUCACUUCUCACGGAGCAGCAGCAAAUUAUUUGGGAGAGUCAGGGACUGGCCAGAGAUGCCCAGAUCAUCGAGAGUGCUGCUCUGCUCAGGGAAAUGCUAUCUCUACCGUACGGAGCCUGUCCCAUUCCACUGCUCUUGGACCCCACACAAACGGCAGCCAAUUGGUUGAUGGCCCAUCUCAAGGGAAGCGGAAGAGCCUGCGAGUUGACCACCCACGGCAACGAGAGACUGUCCUAUCAACUGGAGCUGGCUGUUCGAUUCGGAAAGACUCUGCUGGUCACCGAUUGCGAGCAACUGCGUCCUCCGAUCCUGCAACUUCUCCAGGGUCAUGUUUUUGUGCGAUUCAACAAGCGACAACUGGCCAUUGGCUCCAAGUUGGUGGAUCUUCACGAGAGUUUCCAGCUGGUGCUGAUAAGUAAAUCGCAUCGUUUGGAUUUACCCGAAGAGCAGAGAAGUCAACUUAACCUUCUGAAAUUCACGGUUACUGCCGCUGGUUUGGCCGAUCAGCUAAUGUCCAAGGCGAUUGUCCUUAAAAACGCAGAGUUGGAGCAACAGAGGAUAGAGUUGCUGCAAAAGGAGGGAGAUCUUCUGAAGCAGCGAAUGGAUAUGCAGGAUAAACUGCUCGAACAACUAUCAAAAUCAGAGGGAGACAUCCUGCGAAAUGAGCAACUGUUGGCCAGUUUGAAUGAGGUCAAACAGAGCAGCGCCCAAAUUGAGGAGGCCCUUAAGCAGAGUGGCCAAAUUAGGGAUACUCUACUCGCCCAGUUCGGUUCCUUGAGGGAACUCUGCUCCAAGGCCUCCGCCUUUUAUGCAGGUCUCAUCCAGGGUUAUGAACUAUCCGCCUUGGUUUACAUAGAACUCUUUUUGGGCGCCCUCUCCAAGAAUCAGCGAGACGAAUCCAAGGUCUAUGAAUUGCUAGUAAGAUCUGUUUACUUAAAUUUGGCUAGAGCUACUUCAAGGGAAAGUCAGUUAGCAUUGUCUCUGUGGGUUUGUCAUCAGGCAUAUCCCGAUCGAUUAAACCACAAGGAGUGGGAGUUGUUUGUAAACAACUUCAUGGGCAGUUCCGAUGGCAGUGUGCUCCUAAAUCAGUUGGGAAGACUGCCCGAUUGCAUGACCAAGGAGGCCCAAUUAAAGUUGGCAAUGUUGCUGCAGUUGUUCCCGGAUUUGCGGGGAAAACUUCAAUUGGAGAAGGACUAUAUUUGGCGAGGAUUCAUCGAGGCCCAAGCUGAUGAUGUGCUGCCUGCCUUGGGCUCCAGUUUCCAGCGUGUACUUAUUGCUCAGAUUUUCCGACCCGACUUGAUGCUCUCCCAACUGCGAAAAGUGAGCAAUGAUCUUCUGGGAAUUUCCCCAGAUGCAUCCACUCAGCCUUCUGUGGAGCAGUUGCUGCAGCAAAGCAGUUGCGAUCGACCCAUUCUGAUGAUAAGCCAGGCGGAAAAUGAUCCCACAACCGAGUUGAGAAAGUGGGCCAAUCAAAAGUACAGGGAAAUGGCCAUUGGAAAGGGUGCUGAGAAGAGAGUUCUCGGGGAAAUGCGACAGGCUGCUAUAGAUGGCCACUGGUUGUGUGUGAAGAAUGUCCACUUGGUGCCCGAGUUCCUCACCCAAAUGGAAAGGGAACUAAAUGAAAUGCAAAAGUCCAAAGACUUUCGUCUCUGGCUGCUGUGCGAAUCCACCGAAGGAUUCUCCGAGUCGGCCAUUUACAAGUGCCUGAAGGUGCGGUAUGAACAGCCGAAAGGACUCAAGCAGAUUGUGAUGCGUCUGCUUCAGAACUAUGCAGCUGAACAGGAUCAGAGCUUCAAGAACCAACCGAAAAGUCUCAAGAUGCGACUGGUUUACUUUAUCCUCACCGCAGUACUGCAACAAAGACGUCAAUUUAUCCCACAGGGUUGGUCGAAAUACUAUGAAUUCGGUGAGGCGGAUCUCAAGGCGGCUUUGGGAAUGCUUCGAUGGAUGGAUCAGCAAUUAAAUUCUGGAAAAUGCGAUUGGCUGCUACUGCAACGACUCAGUGAAGCCCUAGCUUUUGGUGGCAGAAUCAAUAACCCGAGGGACUUGGAGAUACUCAGGAGCUAUCUGAAUCAAUUUUGUUCCGCUGAUGUUUUGAGCAGUCGCUGGUCACCGCUGGGAUUAUCCCUAUCCAUUCCCACUAGUGGUCAACUGCAGGACUAUUAUGGCGCAUUGGAAAAGCUCCCCGAACAGGAUGAGCCUAGUAUGUACGGUUUGGCCAAUCAGGCGCAACAGCAACGGGAAAUCGAACAGGCCAAAAGGGUUAUCAAGGAGCUGAGGGGAUUGCACUACGGCCGGGGAUCAGCUGAAGAUUCAGGAGAGUCGAGGGACAGCGAUCAGCUUACUGAUCGUCAAAGGCUGGAGCAUCAAAUUAAGCCCUUGCUAAAUCUGUGGAGGAAAUUAGCUGGGUCCUGUACCAUAAUUCAAACGUUUAAGGAGUCAAAGGUCGAUGCCGGGGAAUCGCCCUGGGCACUUUUCGUGCUGGCUGAACUGAAGUUGGGAGCAGAUCUUUAUGGCAUUGUUCACCAAACUCUAUCCCAGAUGCAUGCCUGGCUCAAGGACUCGCAGGACGUGGAUGGGAGUACUUUGAAAGCCCUGGCCGAACAGCAGAUCCCUGCGAGUUGGCUGAAACUAUGGAGUGGUCCUGGCAGCAACAGUGCCGUCGAUUUUCUGAGAGCCCUCAUUGUUCGAGCCCAGGCUGCAGAGCUGCGAUUUAAAGAGCAAUUGCAUCUGACAUUUGGCGAGGAAAUCAACCUCAUCCACGUCUUUAACUGUGAGAACCUUUUGGCCUGCUUAAAGUUGCUGCAGUCUCGGAAUUUGGCUGUCUCCACCGAACGUCUGGAGUUGCGUUCUUGCGGGCCACUGAAUUCUGGUGGGGAUUCCCCAGAUACAGUACUCAAAUUGGCUCCUUUGAAGAUUGAUGGCGCCAAGAGUGGAAUGGACAAAUCGAACCCCUUUUACAUCAGCUACAAAAUAAAGGAAGACGCUGCCCAUUCGAUGGCUGGUUCUUCAAAAUAUGGAAAAAAUUCGUUGUAUCCCUCACAAAAAACUGAGUCCAACCCCAAAUUGCCUUUAUAUUCUCGAAGCUGUCGGGACAAGUUGCUUUGCCACCUGAAUGUUGAUAUUGUGACGGGAACGUCGGAACAGAUUCUCCUAGCUGGAACCGCGCUGAUCGUGGAGGACUUUUAA